GGGUUGCCAUCGUUUCCGCAGCAAUCAGUGAGAGCCCGAGCCCAGUUUUCGCUGCGCUGCCCUCCACCGGCUGUCCCGCAUCAUGUUUCGAAGUGCCGCACGACUGACAUGCUCCGGUGUCCGGGGUUUAACACGAUCAAGACCUCAAUACACAGCCCCUCUGGCUGCUCGUAGCUACUCACAUGGCAAACAGGAGACCGACGAAGAGUUUGACGCUCGUUGGAUCACCUACUUCAACAAGCCAGACAUUGAUGCGUGGGAGCUGAGGAAAGGCAUGAAUACCCUGAUUGGGUAUGACCUGGUUCCGGAACCCAAAAUCCUAGAAGCAGCUCUGAGAGCCUGCCGGAGGCUAGACGACCUGGCCAGCGCCAUCCGCAUCCUGGAGGCCGUCAAGGACAAAUCUGGCCCCCACAAAGAGAUCUACCCCUUCUUGAUUCAAGAGCUCCGGCCAACCCUGACUGAACUUGGUAUUUCCACACCUGAGGAACUUGGCAUCGACAAAGUAUAGAUGUUUUCAUGUCUGGUCUUCCGAUGGACUGCUGACAUUACGUGACGGCGGCCCUCUGUACUUGAAGUCUGAUGUUAUGAUAUAUGUGUGAUAUUUAAUUGGCCUUUAUUAUGUUCUUUUGCUUGUAAAAUAAUGACGGACUUAAUAAAGGGAGAUUUAUCUUUACGACA